CUCGUCUCCACCCUCCAUCAGUCUUUCGGACACACGUCGACAUGCGUGUCGAUAAAAGUUGACCGCGUGUCGACGUGUCCGACAGGCUCCGACACGUGUCGGACACGACACGGAGGCAUGGACAACAUGUCCGUGCUUCAUAGGCGACUGCCAGUCCCACCCCGGAAGAAAAUAUCUCUUGUUCGUGCGACACCGAUGCCAUGACUUAUCGGCUCGGGCAUGGAGACUUGAGAUCUGAGAGUGACGCAAGCAAUGACCAUAUCGAGCCGCCUCUCCACCCACCUCGCGACUGCGACGAGAUAAAAGUCACAUCCUCAAAAAAAUCCCGUCAAAAAUCCUCUUUCCCUCUACAUAAGUGGCACCCGAGUUAGCCUGAUUUCACCGCGGACAGCAUUCUUCAUUUCAGUUCAAAUUAGCAGAAGCUUCAGCUUGUAGCUACAAAUUCAAUGGCGGAGGAAGUGAUUUUGUUGGACGUCUGGGCGAGCUCGUUCGGGAUGAGGGCCAGGAUUGCCCUGCGUGAGAUGGGCGUGGAGUUCGACUUGAGGGAGGAGGACCUGAGCAACAAGAGCCCCCUGCUCUUGAAGAUGAACCCAGUCCACAAGAAGAUCCCCGUCCUCAUCCACAAUGGAAAGCCCGUUUGCGAGUCCCUCCUCAUCGUCCAGUACAUCGACGAGACCUGGGGUCACGAGUCUCCUCUCCUGCCUUCGAAUCCUUACGAGCGUGCCCGGGACAGGUUCUGGGCCGACUAUGCGGACAAGAAGAUUUAUCCGGCGGUGCGAGCAGUGUUCCUGUCGAUGGGGGAGGACCAGGAGGCGGCGAAGAAGGAGAACAUCGAGUGCUGGAAGGUGUUGGAGGGAGAGCUCGGGGACAAGGCUUACUUUGGCGGGGAGAGGUUCGGGUAUGCGGAUGUGUCGCUGAUACCCUUCUAUAGUUGGUUAUAUGCUUUGGAGACAUUGGCCGACUCCAACAUCGUGGAGGAGUUCCCCAAGAUGGCGUCGUGGGCCAAGCGGUGCAUGCAGAGGGAGAGCGUGGCCAAGUCGUUGCCCGACCAGCACAAGCUCUAUGACUACAUCAUGGAGCGCAGGAAAAAGCUUCAGGCGCAAUAGACAACUCUCUUGAGUCUGAUUAUGGUCAUCUUAUGACUAUUGUACAAUAAUAACCCCUCUCCUUUGGACGAGGCUAAGCUCCUUUGUACUUCUAUGUUUUCCUUUCUGUAUUCGAGUGUUUCUGGAUCAGCUAAUAAACUAUGCACAGCAUUUCAUCAA